UUCGCCGGGUAACCGCCCUGUCAAACCUUGCUUUGUGCUGUUUAUGCUAGAUCAUUCCUAAAUUUUAUAAAACUCCACACAAUCGCCCAACCAACACGAGCCAUGGAGGAACUGCGCCAGCAUUUAAAGCAGAUCCGCGUGCCGAACCAAAAUGACAAGGUCUACAAAGACGAGUGUGUCUUUUCGUUCGACAAUCCGGACAGUGAUACCGGCUUAUAUGUGAGUCUCAAUAGUUUUCUCGGUUUCGGUCGCGAUUAUGUUGAGAAAUACUACAACAAGACACAGCAUGCUGUGUUCUUACACAUGAAGCGUGAGAGACAUGAGGUUGCUUCACCACCACAGGGUGAUGGACCAGAGAAGAAAAUCACGCGGUUGGCCAUUGGUGUUGAAGGUGGUUUUGAUCCCCAACUAGGACAUAAAAAGUUUGAAUUUCAUGAUAUUUAUCAUGUUUGUGUCCUGCCCAGCUUCACAAUGCUGCCUUGGCCCAAUCCUGAACUGCCAGAACUUGUUAUUCAAUCAGUUCAAACCAUCCUUGACAUGCAAUCUGCAAGCAAGAAAGCCGAGCUGGAAGCACUCACCGGUACUUGGGACGGCGAAGCACGUGUCGUAAGUAAAUAUGCAGAAAAUCUCACCCAAUUGGACAAUGGCAAAAAGAUCCCUCCAAGCGGUUGGGUGUGCGAGAAAUGCGACAAAACCGAAAAUCUCUGGUUGAACCUCACAGACGGUUCCAUCCAUUGCGGAAGGAAGUUCUACGAUGGCACCGGCGGAAACAAUCACGCCAUUGAACACUACGAAACAACCAAGUAUCCUCUAGCGGUCAAAUUGGGAACUAUCACCAAGGAAGGCAAAGCUGACAUUUUCAGCUAUGCCGAAGACGACAUGGUUGAAGAUCCAAAACUGAUCGAGCAUUUAUCACACUGGGGCAUCAAUAUGAAUAACAUGGAAAAGACUGAGAAGUCAAUGGUUGAACUAGAGUUGGAAUUGAAUCAGAAAACCAAUGAAUGGGCGGCGCUUCAAGAGAGUGGCGGUAAACUAACGCCGAUGUAUGGCCCUGGCUAUACCGGAAUGACAAAUCUAGGCAACUCUUGUUACUUAAACAGUGUUAUACAACUCUUGUAUCUUGUGCCAAACUUUGUACAGCGAUACUAUGCGAAUGCAGACACCAUCUUUGAUUCCAUAAAUGGCGAUCCAGCGGAAGACUUUAACUGUCAAAUGGCGAAAGUAGCUGUAGGUCUUCUUUCUGGAAAAUAUUCUGUUCCACCACCGGCUGGUUCACCAAUCGAUGCGGAUUCACCUGGUAUCUCGCCUCUGAUGUUCAAAACAUUAGUAGGUCGUGGAAAUCCAGACUUUUCCUCCUGCAAACAGCAGGACGCUGUUGAAUACUUCAUGCAUUUAAUGUCAUUGAUUGAACGCAACAGUCGUAAUCAGCCGAAUCCUGGCAACGCUUUCAAAUAUAAACUCGAAGAGAAGAUCCAAUGCAACAGCAGUAACAAGGUGAAGUACACAUACAGGUCGGAUACUAUUCUUGGUCUGACUAUUCCAUUGGAAGCGGCUGUUAACAAAGAAGAAGUUGCUGCUUAUGAAGCGCGUAAAGUCGAGGCGGAAUCUCAGGGAAAACGCCUUGAACCGGACUCAUUGGUCCGUCCACGUAUCAAAUUCUUUUCUUGCCUUGAAACUCUCACUCAGACUGAGGUGAUUGAACAAUUCUACAGCACAGCGAUUAAUGAUAAGACCACAGCAAGGAAAACAACACGUCUGGCGACGUUCCCUGAUUAUCUCUUGAUUCAACUCAAGAAGUUUACUCUAAGAGAAGAUUGGGUACCGAUUAAACUUGACGUGGCUGUUGAGAUGCCCGAUGUGUUAGAUUUGAAUAUUCUCAGGGCGAAUGGUCCCCAACCCGGCGAGGAGACUUUACCAGAAUUGGCUUCGAAUGUGGUGGUCCAACCGCCGAGUUAUGAUCCGACUGUUAUGGCUAGUUUGAUUGAAAUGGGAUUCCCGGAGAAUGCUUGUAAACGGGCAUUGUACUUCACACAAAAUUCAGGUGUUGAAACCGCUAUGGGAUGGAUAAUGCAACACAUUGCCGAUGCGGACUUCUCGGAUCCGUUUACUCCGCCUGGUUUGGAAGCAGGUGGAGCUGCUGGCGCUGUAGGAGUCGAGGCGGAUCCCGAAGCUGUUGAAUUGAUUGUUGGAAUGGGUUUUACUAGAGCGCAGGCGACGAAAGCGUUGAAGAAUUGUAAUAAUAAUGGUGAGAGAGCUUUGGAUUGGAUUUUCUCACAUCCAGAAGAGUUGGAAGAUACACAGGUGCCGAGUGAACCGGAAUUUAAAGAUGGCGAAGGACAUUAUAAAUUGAUUGGUUUCGUCUCACAUAUGGGAACAUCUUCGAUGGUGGGACAUUACGUUGUACACGUUUUGAAGGAGGGCCGCUGGGUGAUUUUCAAUGAUAACAAGGUGGCGCUCUCUGAAAACCCGCCGAAAGAGUUGGGCUAUAUGUACUUGUACCAGAGGAUCUGAGCCGUUUGAAGUAUUUAUAUGAUGAUGGAUGCAAUGGACAGGAACCCUCUGGCGACUGAAUGUUUUUUGCUGUGUACACUAGAAGUAAACUUUUUCAAUAAUAAAAUAUUUCGCAACAUAA